ACCCCCAACCCCCUCCAACGACCUCUCCCUGUCAAUUCGUGAAACUGAAUGUUGGAGGCGCUGUGUGUUUGGUACCGGGCGAAGUGCCACGCCGAGAGAAUCGCCCAUCCACAUUACUAGCAAAUCAUCACAUCUCCACACACUCACACUCACACAAACACAGCGUCCCUCCACCGACACCAUCUCAACGAGAUAGGGGCCAGGGGGUGGAAGGCAGAAGGACGAGGAGAGACGAUAAAACGGCAGAAGAGAAACUAAAGGGCAGCGACGUCCCUCACCAUUGUAACGAGUUCAGGAUGAAGUCUGCGGGGACAGGUGAAACGGAGUUGUUCACAGACAGCUACUGUAACAUCUGCAAUGCACAGUUAAUCUCUGAGUCCCAGAGAGUAGCACAUUACGAGAGCAAGAAGCAUGCAAACAAAGUGCGUCUGUAUUAUAUGCUUCACCCAGAGGAUGGAGGACCACCCUCCAAGAAGCUUCGUCCCGACAACCCAGAAAGCGAUGAUGGAGAGGUGGAUAAAAACAAGUGCUGCACGCUUUGUAACAUGUUCUUCACCUCAGCUAUUGUAGCGCAGUCCCAUUACCAAGGCAAAACGCAUGCCAAGAGAAUGAGGCUGGUUCUGGGGGAGCCUCCUGUACCUCCCAGGACAACAGAGUCUCCUCCUGACGUGCUGCAACCUGCAGCUCUCAUCUUCUCAGGACCCACCACAGAGAAGUUCUGCCAGCUUUGCAGUGCCUGGUUCAACAACCCAAUGAUGGCCCAGCAGCAUUAUGAGGGCAAGAAACACAAGAAGAACGCAGCGAGAGCCAAGCUCCUGGAACAGCUCGGAGAAACCCUGGAUUCUGAGGCCCUCAGAGCUUUGAAAAGCAGCUACACCUGCAACAUCUGUAAUGUGAUCCUGAACUCGGUGGAACAGUUUCAUGCUCACCUACAGGGCUCCAAGCAUCAGAGCAAUGACGAGGCGAAGGACAGUGGAGGGUCAGAAGCAAUGGCUCGAGCUGCGGUGCGAGGCCGAGGGGAACGGGUGGAAGAUGCCAAGGAGCUGGCCCAGGUCACCAGCUGCGACGGGCAGCCGUCCAGAGAGAAAAGAACCUGGAGGGGCGUGGUGCCUGGCUGCCAACUGCAUGGCAGGGCCAGACAGGGAGAGGACAAUCCAGCAGGCAGUGACGCAAGGCUCCAGUGGCCCAAACCCAGCAGGGAAGAACGUCGGGAGGUUGGCAGUGAAGAGGGGCCAACUGGGGCCUGUGAGGCCAGGCUGGGGAGAGAGAAAAGUUGCUGGGGGGCAGCUGUGCGAGGCUGGGGAGAAGACCAGGGAACCUGGUCUGGAUUCAUCCCAGGCUGCGGAGAGCCUCGGGCCACAGCAGUUGGGAGCUGCUCGUACCAUCAGUAGAAACCCACUGCAACUGCCUUGGACCAGGGAUGAUGAAGGAGAAUCACGCUCUAUGUCUCGAUGACUCUAAAGCCCUGAAGAAACUUCUUCCCAAGGAUGGAGGUGAUACGGGGGGAGGGGGGUGUCACUGUGCCCCAAAAGCAGAGACGAGGGAAAAGUAAGGGCAGAGGAACUUCAGGCUGAACACUGAUUUAUUGAGAACAAAAACAAUCUUUAACCUACAAUGUACAGGUCACACUAAAUGCAUUUUUUUCUCAUUGGGUAGGUGAAGUAAGCAUUUACUCUUCGCGUGAAAAUUCAGUCAUUUGUAUCAUGUUGCUGAUGAAACCAGUAGUGAUUGAUGUCUGAGUCUUUGUACAAUAGAACAUCCAUUAUUAACGACAAUAUUAGGAAACUGCCUACCAAACAACCAUAGAGUCUUACAGCACAGAAAGAGGCCAUCGUGGCUAUUGUGAAAGAGUUAUUCAGUUCUCCAGCCCCUCUCCUAGAGCCCUGAAAAUGUCUCCUUCACAAGUAUUUAUCCACUCCCUUUUCAACAUUACUUUGAAUUUGCUUCUAUCACCAUUUUCAGGCUGUGCAGUCCAGAUUACAACCACUCACUGCAUUUAGAAGAAAAGCCUCAUUUCCCUCUUCCUCUGCUUUCUUGCCAAUUAUGUGAAACUUGUACAACCUGGCUAGUGGCCCUCCACUGGUGGCUGUUGUCAAUUUGUUGAAAGAUGCUACUUACUGGUACAAUAAUUAUCUUGUGAAAAUACAAAGAACAGAAAAACUAAUGCACAUCACACCAUUUGCUUUCCCACUCAAGGUUCUGCCAAAUUGGGAAGUGGAUAAUUGGAGCUCAGGUGGUAAUACAUCCACUGUAUUUUCUCUCUGAGAAUGUCAUUCCCACAUUCUGGAAUUGCUCCCUUGAUCGCCAGGCAAUUAUCCCUAGAACAGUGAAGCAGUAUUUUUAAUCAUAUUCAACAUUGAAAGAUGUUGGGUGAAAAGAAACAUUGGAGUAAUUAUUGUCCUCAGUGUCAGCUGAUCAAUUGGGGCCAGGUAGGAAUUCUAGCAUGUGCCAGGUCUAACAAAACUGAUUUUGAUAAGGUCCCAGUGAAACACAGUUACAGCAAACUCCAGCUAAACAUGACUGAACUACUGCAGUGUCUCCUGGUAAAAGUAGAACUUUUUUCUCCAACGGAAUGUGGCAACUGCAGGUUAGUUACAUAAUCCAAAUUGAACUCCAGUUAGUUAUGACGCUGUAUGACGAACAAGGAAUUACCCAGUCAUCUUCAUUUCUGGCUGAGACUUUAUGCAAUGAAAUUUCUUUUGGCGCUUGUCCAAUAUCCCUUCAAAUCUACCAGUAUCAUUUUUAAUGGAUGUCAUCACACAGUGUCUUCCCAGUCCCUGAUCAGGUCCCUGUCAAACACAGGAAUAUCAGAAGUAGGAGCAGGACUAGGCCAUUCAUUCCCUCGAGCUACCUUGCCAUUCAACUGGUCCACCUCGUUGUCAUUUUCCAGCUCUAAUCCCAUAUCCCUUCAGUAUCUAGAAAGCUAUCGAUAACUGUUUUGGGCAUACUUAAUGUCUCAGCCCCCAGCACCCGCUGGGAAACGAAAAUCCAAAAAUUCAUCACCUUCUGAGUGAAGAAUCUCUUCCUCACCUCAAUAUUUAAUAGCCUACCUCUUAUUUUGACUCUUUUUUCCAUGGUUGUAGACUCCCAGCAAGGGAAAAACAUUGUUCUUGUAGAGUUUAGCAUUGUAAGAAUUUUGUAUACUUCAAUGGGAUCACUUCUCGUUCUUCAAAACUCAAGAGAAUAUACAUCCAGUCUGCUCAAUCUCUCUACAUAGGUUAAACCUGAAGUCCCAGGGCUUACUCUGUUACACUUCCAUUGAUGCACUUCCUCUAUGGCAAGUGCCGUAAGUGUGUACAAUAUUCCAGGUGUGGUCUCACCAAGGUUCUAUAGAAUUGCAGAAAGACUUCAGCACGCCUGUACUAAACCCUCUUCUAAUGAAGAUCCACAUGCCAUUUGCCUUCCUAAUUCUUGCAUGUUAGUUUUCAGUGACUCAUGAAGAAGGACACACAGGCUCUUUUGGAUAUCGCUUCCAUGGUCUCUCACCAUUUGAGAAAUAUUCUUAAUUUCUGUUUUCCUGCCAAAAGAGAUAAUUCAUAUGUUUCCACAUUAUAUUUCAUCUCCCAUAGUCUUGUUCAUUCAUUCAACCUGUCGAAAUGCCUAUAAAGCUUCUUUGCAUCCUUUCCACAGCUCCCACUCUUUCCUAAUUUUAUGUCAUUUCCAAAUUUGGAAAUAUUAGAUUUGGACCCCAUACCCAAAUUGUUGACUUAGAUUGUGAACAGCUGGGACCCAAACAUUCAUCAUUGUGUGACCUGACUUGCCACAACCUGCCAACCUUAAAAUUACCUGUUUGUUCCUACUCCUUGUUUCCCGUCUGUAAACUAGUUCUCAAUCUCUGCCAAUGUAUCACCUCACAAAGUUCCUUGUUCUGUAAUUUGGCUUAGUCCGUAAUAAGCUCCAGUGUUCGACAUUCACAAAAAUUUGAAAAUCCAAAUACACCACAUCCACUCAUUGUAAUCUUCUAGUUCCAUCUUCAAAUAAAUUUCACAGCCUUGUCAAAAAUGUUUUCCAUCCAUAAGUCAAUGUUGACUGAGCCAUCAGAGAAUCCAACAAUGUAGAAAGAGGCCAUUUGUCCCAUCAAGUCUGUACCAACCCUCCAAAGGGCAUCACACCCAUACCAACCCCAGACUAUCCCUGUAACCCUGCAUUCUCAUGGCUCAUCUACCUAUGCCUGCACAUCCCAGGACACAAUGGGCAAUUUACCAUCUAACCUGCACACCUUGGGACUGAGGGAGGAAACCGGAGCACCCAGAGGAAACCCAGGCAGACAUGGGGAGAAUGUGCAGUCUCCACUCAGACAGCCGCCUAAGGCAGGAAUUGAACCCAGGUCAAUUUGAGGCAGCAGUGCUAACCACUGAGCUACUGUGCCCACCUUAUGGGCAAACCUUACCAUUAUUUUCUGUGUGCAGUUAUCACAUCUUAUUAUAAAAGAUGUUGACAUUUCCUUUACUACAGAUGUCAGGCUGACAGGUUUUCUAUCCUCUCCUUUCUUAAAUAAUGGCAUUACAUUUAUUACCCUCCAAUCUACAGGGGCAAUUCCAAAACAUGUAUAAUUUUAGAAGUUGAUCAUCAACGCAUCCAGUACCUCUACAGCCACCUCUUUCAGCUCUCCCAUGUGUACAGCAUGAGGGCCAAGGAGUUUAUUCACUUUCAACCCCAUUAAUUUCUCCAGUACAACAUUUUUGCUAUCCUAAUUUCCUUCAGUUCCCACUUUUUGUUAGCCCCGUGGUUCUCUUGGAUUUAAAUGGUGGAAUCUUAUAGGGGUCUGAAUUAGGUGGCCAGUGGUGAGGUGUGGCAGGAUCAUGUUAGGAGUCUGGCAAGGCCUAGCUUCAUAUUGGGAGGAAUUGACUGCAUCUUACAUGUAUCUGCCAGGCAGCAGGGUGAGUUUUCUCCUACACGAAGCUGCCAAUGAAAGGAGCUUGGUAAAAGCUCCAUCCUCCCAGAGGAUUAUUGCUUUGUUCUCUCACCAGAAUGAGACAGCUCCUGGUGGUGGUUUAACCUGAGGGUCACCACACGUCGAGUGAGGGGCAGGCUGGAUAACCUUACGGUAACUUCAGCCACUGCGGGAAUUGAAUCCAAAUUGUAGGCAUCACUCUGUCAUCACAAGCCAACUGCCCUGCCAACUGAGAUAACCAACAUCCCAGAGAGGACUGAAGCUUGUGAAAUGCCUUAUUAACAAUACAACUCAUGCCCUACAUUGUCAUUUGGACUGGAGGCCUGUGACCAGCGGUGUUCCACAGGGAUUAGUACAGACUCCACUUUUGUUUCUCACGAAUCACUUAAAUGAUUUAGAUGAGAAUGUGGAAGGCAUGGUUGGUAAGUUUGCAGAUGACACCAAAAUUGGUGGCCUAGUGGACAGUGAAGAAGUUUAUCUAAGAUUACAAAGAGAUCUUGAUCAAUUGGGCCAAUGGACUGAGGAGUGGCAAGUGGAGUUUAAUUUGGAUAAAGGUGAGGUAUUGCAUUUUAGUAAAACAACAAAGUCAGGGAUGCAAAGUUCAAGCCCCGAACCCAGCAUGGCUCCUUUUUGUGGUGAUGCAAUUAGAGCAGAGUUCACAGAGACAGCUGGCUGUUCCAAUGAUCUGACAUCGCCAAUGAAAUCAGAUUUUGGAGACCAUGGAUUGUGGAAGCUAGAAGCCCCGAUCUUUGUUCACAAGCCAGAGAUGGGGGGAGGUCCUGGCUCCAUGAACUGAAUCAUUAAAUAGUGCUGCCUAUCUUUUCAGCUGGUGGGGACGGGGCAUGGUUUUUGAGAUUCAGGCUGGGUGACCCAGGAAGAUCAGGGGAUGCUACUAGUUCCUGAGGUAAGAGAGAUAAUGGGAACUGCAGAUGCUGGAGAAUUCCAAGAUAAUAAAAUGUGAGGCUGGAUGAACACAGCAGGCCAAGCAGCAUCUCAGGAGCACAAAAGCUGACGUUUCGGGCCUAGACCCUUCAUCAGAAAGGGGGAUGGGGAGAGGGAACUGGAAUAAAUAGGGAGAGAGGGGGAGGUGGACCGAAGAUGGAGAGUACAAGAGAGUUGCAAUGGGAGAGAGAUUCCCUGAGGUUGGUCCGGAGGGAGGAGGGUAACUUCUUCAGGUUAGGCAUCCCUGGAAGAGACUUCGCAGUGAGGUUAAAAUAGUAUCAGAGAUAAUGGGAACUGCAGAUGCUGGAGAAUCCAAGAUAAUGAAAUGUGAGGCUGGAUGAACACAGCAGGCCAAGCAGCAUCUCAGGAGCACAAAAGCUGAUGUUUCGGGCCUAGACCCUGAGGUAAGUUGGACAGAAACCACUCUAGCAUUGGGCUUGAGACUGAAGCUUCCCUCCAGCUCUGCUCCUGUAAUUCCCCUGUCUCCCCAUUCCCCAUUUGUGCCCAUCAAUGCCACUUAUUACUCUGUGACCAUCCCUGUGACCCAAACGCCCUCGAUGCCAGCCUGUGCCCCAGUUUCCAUCCACCUCCAUGGCAAGCCAUAUCUCUGUUACCACCUAUGGUCCUCCACCCAUCUCCCAUGCCCUGUCAAAUCUCUCUGCCCCAAUCAAUCCCAUAAUGCACUAGGCCACUAAUGUUAACUAAUGCCAACUCUCACUACUCCACCCACACCCCUUUGCUCUCACCAUGCCAACUCACAUAUUAUCCAGCAUAGGCCUAACUUUACUUUCUGUCAGGAUGCAAUCUGAAUUAUCUAUCUAUUGAGGCUUCCAAUAUUGAAAGGAAGUAACUCUCCUCAAUACAAUCAAGCAUUCAAUACCUUGAAAUUCCUUCGAAAAAUCCCUUAUGAAAACAACAACUAAGUGCUCAAACCCUUAUCUCUAAGCUGUUGCAGCUCUCCGUCAAAAUGUUCACUUGAUAUGGUGGAAAUUUAUAGUUGUGGGGCAUCAGAGAUGUUGCACAAAUCCAAUAAUAGCUGAAGUCAAUAGAAACACUGAGCUACCCAACACUUUUUGUUUUGAACACCAAACAGAAUUUUAGCUGUUCCUUGACAAGCUUUGGUCCAAAAGAAAAUGAGUGGGAAGUUGAGAAUUUCAGUGCUCAGGACUGACGCCGACCCUGAGAGAGUGGGACAGUGCUCUGGUGUGUGAAAUUUGAACCACACCAUGUUUUUACUCUCCAGACUCCCUACUGGGGAGGCAAUCUGAUUGACAAGGCCUGAUUCCUAUUGCAAGUGUAUUCCUGCUCCUUACUGUAGAGAUUGCAAGGUGGGUGGAUGAGUGGUGCAUGGUUUAGGAUUUAUUCUUUCAUGGGAUGUAGGCAUCACUGGCAGGGACAUUUGUUGCCCACCCCUAAUUGCCUUGAACUGUAUGGAUCGUUUGGCCAUUUUAGAGAGCAGUUAAGAGCCAGCCAAAUCACUGUGGGUCUGAAGUUACAUGCAGGCUAUAAUCAGGUAAGGACAGCAGAUCUCCUCCCCGGAAGGGUAUUAAGCAGGUCUUUACAACAAACAAUGAUAGUCUCAUGAUCACCCAUUACUGAGACUAGCUUUCAAUUCCAGAUUUAUGAAAUGAAUUUGAUUUCAACCCAUGUUCCCACAGCAUUAACCUGGGGCUCUGAAUUGCUCGUAAAUGUGACAUGACUAUCAGAAGUUGUCUUCCCUCAUGGAAUUUGGGAAUGUGAUCCUGGGGACCAGGAGUGGCAGUGGCAGAAAUAGGGGGUAUUAUCUUCAGGAAGAUCCAAGAACAGAGUUCUGACCUAGGAGUGUCCCGUUGCAGCUUGUGGGAACCAGCUUAGUCUGCAGGCAGUAGUCACAUUCUUCCUGAUCCAUUGACAGUGCUGAAAAAUUGCCUACCUUUUUCCCUGCAGAUGUCCAUUUAGAUGUGAGGCAAGGAUUGAACUGAGAAGGGAGGUCAAAUAUGAGGCCCACAGCCUUAUCAGAAUAUUGAAAUGUCCAACUCGCAUCUUUCUGAGCAGGUUACCCAUACUCCUUCUCUGUCCUGCUUUUGUUAAAAACCAAAAGCAGAGAUCGGAAUUUUGAAACAUUUUCAUACACCCCCUAACCAUAACCCAUCCAUUCUUGGGUCUUGAACUCCCUUCAAGUAUACACUUCUGCAAUCGGAGAUAGGAGACAAUUCUCAGAAACUGGAGUCAGAAUGAUUGUGUCUCUCCAAUUAUCUCACGAAGCCAGUCUCCAUCUUUUCCAAGAAAUGUGUCCACUAAAUGAAACAUUCAAGUCAUUUUAUGUAAUUCAGAUAUUUCAAAGUAGCAACUAUGAAAUAUAUUCAUUUCCCUUAAGAGUCAUAGUUUUGUCAAAUUAAAUUUUUUCUGGUGGGGGAUGGUGUGGGGUGAGGGGUAUUGAUCAAAAUCCAUUUUGUAAACUUUUAUGAUAUUUCCUUUUUGAAUAAUGAAUGAUAAAAAAUAUUGCUGGAAGCAAAUAUUCCCAUUAUAGCUGCAUAAAAUAUCACAGUGGUCUCAUGAGAGUGCAAGUUGAAAACAAGCCUUCAAUCAUGUACCUGUUUCAUUUUCCAUUACAAAGGUAUUUAGAUUACUUUCACAAUAAAAUAUGUUCUGCUCUGAAACGAAA